GAAUUAAUUAACGGGGAGCAAGGUUUCUUCCCUUUUAGAGAGUGACAGUCAAAUCGAUUUAUCCUGUUCAAAAAAAAUAGAAUGUCAUUAUGGCCUUUUCGUACUGGAAACGAUGAUCGAUUUCAAACCACGCCGGAUCCCUCUGAGCAGUGUAUUUACGAUACUCUGCGUGGAGACCUACCACCGAAUCCAUACUCCGUGGAGAUAGAUAACUACUUGCAGUGGCGCUGGAGACGAGGGAUGGUCCAGAAUGUGGUUCCUACUGCGUGUUACGGUUCUAUAGUAGGGUUCCUUGUAGGGUUUCGUCAAUCUCGCGUGGAGGGGCGGUAUGUUGGUCGAUAUCGGAUCAUGUGGCGUUACACUUCCUCCUUUGCGGCUGUUGGGUUGCUGACCUCAGCGUUUCAUCACAUUCUAGUCGUACGAAAUAAUUAUCAAGAUACGUUGUACUAUCCGAUUUUGUCAGCCGUCAGUGGCUCCGUCAUAAUGAUGACUGCAUCUCAGAUGGGGUCGCUUGGGCAAGGUGUGUUCACUGGUUCCAUGCUAGGUGUCUUGUAUGCCUUGGGAUGCUACGGGAUGAGGUACUACCACCGAAGACGACUAAAUAUCUUUUUGUCCGAGCAGCAGCUCCACCAGGUCCCGGUGCACAGGUUAUCGCCAGAGCUGCAACCCAUGUAUCGCUCGUAUCUCUUCGAUAAUCGACCCAUCGAGGAGUCUAGCAAGGCACGACGGGAGGCACUACUGCUAUCUCGAAGUGAUGAUGAUACGCGUCUGGAUGCUUUCACAUUUAUUCAAAAUAUGUCACCAGAGGUUUACGACUGGGUUAAUUUCCCCGACUGGUGGCCCUUGAAGUGGUCCCCACAAACAGAGGAGGAGGAUAUGCUUCAUGAACGGCAGCGCCAUGAAGAGGCCGAGCGCCGCACGCGAAGAGCGUUGGAGGAGGACAACGGAUCUUUCUUGAAGCGAAAGUUUCGCUCCAAACAGUAUCGUGAUGCCUAA